CAGAAGGUCACGGUAGGAAGGCUUUGGGGACAGUGACGACGCGUCCCCUUCUUCUGCAAAGUGGUGACUGGUUUUACAUCCACGGUACACACUGUACUGGUAUUGUUCCACAACAGCAAAACCCCCAGUUGGGAACAGCCUUGGAGUACAUCUUCACACGGCAUGAUCUUCACUCAGCGCUUCCGUCGAUCCUUCCCCAAAACUUAGUAUGGAACCCCGUUAAUCUUACGGUAAAACAG